GGGAGGCUGCUGAGGUUCUGUCUAAUGAGCCUGCUGUUGCUGCCUACUCGUCCCUCAUGUGAAGUGCAGGGCACUACAGACUGAAGGGAGUCAGUGAGUGACUGGCUGACUGAGUGAGUGAGUGAGGAAGAGGGAGAAAGAGAGAGAGAGAGAUAGGGAAAGAGUGAGAGUGAAUGACUGCCUUAUUCCUUAUUGCUAAAAUAUUAAAGGGACGGAUAUCCGGAGCGGGCACCCGAUGCUGCUUUGGGAGAAGCACAAAUUCGGGAGGCAGUAGUUGGGCUGAGCCGUCCAGGGACAGCCAGCCUGCCUGCCUGCCUGACUGCCAGCCAGCCAGCCAGCCCUGCUCUCGUAGCCUCCGCACCAGCGCCUGAUGGAGGUCACAACAGAUCCAGAUCCGGAGCCUCGGACGGAGGACGGGGAGGAGGGAGAGGGGCCGCGCCUCAGCGAGAGCAGCCGGACGGGGAGCCCUCUGGAGGAGCCAGCCCUGCUGCAGUACCCCUCAGACUGUGAUCAGUAUGGAGAGAAGAUGCCGUUCCACCAUGUGACGGCAGGCCUGCUGUACAAGGGGAACUACUUGAGCCGGUCUCUGUCGGAGAGGAGUGACAGUGACCAGCUCGCCAGCAUCUCCGUGGAGGAGCUCGACGAGAUCCGAGAGGCUUUUAAAGUGCUGGAUCGCGAUGGGAACGGCUUCAUCUCCAAGCAGGAGCUGGGCAUGGCCAUGCGCUCGCUGGGUUACAUGCCCAGUGAGGUAGAACUCGCCAUCAUCAUGCAGAGACUAGACAUGGACGGUGACGGCCAGGUGGAUUUUGAUGAGUUCAUGACAAUCCUGGGCCCCAAGCUUCUGUCGUCGGAGACACGAGAGAGCUUCCUGGGACACACAAUAGACAGCAUAUUCUGGCAGUUUGACAUGCAGAGGAUAACACUGGAGGAGCUCAAGCACAUCCUCUUCCACGCCUUCCGGGACCACCUCACGAUGAAGGACAUCGAGAACAUCAUCAUUAACGAGGAGGAGAGCCUCAACGAGAACUCUGGGAACUGCCAGACAGAGUUUGAGGGAAUCCACUCCAAGAAGAACAACCGGCAGACGUGCGUGCGCAAGAGCCUCAUCUGCGCCUUCGCCAUGGCCUUCAUCAUCAGCGUCAUGCUCAUUGCGGCCAAUCAGAUGCUGCGGAAUGGCAUGGAGUAGCACAUCACUGUGAUUGCGGGGCCCCCAGCCUGCAUGUGCAUGCUCAAGUGCGUUAUACAGGUCAUUUCUCUUUUUUUGCCAAAAAAAGCAGAAGAAAAUAAAAACCAGAUCGGAAUUAAGAAGAAAAAAAAAAACCAAACACCUCACUGAUGAAAGGAUGAAAGAGAGUGAGAGAGAGAAAAAAAAAACAAGGAACCAUUGUUUUUUUCUAUCCAAGAGGUUGUUUUUUUCCGGUCAGGAAUUUGUUUGUUUGUUUGUUUGUUUAUUAUUUAAUUUAUUUCCUAGGGAGUGAGUGACAUACCAGUGUGGGUCAGACUGAAGCCAGCAGGGGGCAGGGCGUCUCCACGGAGACCCAACCCGUGCCCCCCACCCCUUUUUCCCACCUCUCUGGCAGGGACAUCUAAGGGCUGUUCCCUCAAUGCAAUAAACCACAGGAGCGUGGGAUCAACCUCCUGUCCACCACCGGCCACCGUGUUCUACACUCAAUGCUGGUCCAGCCUGCGGUUUUGAUGCAGCCCAGCCAUGGACUGAGCCACCAUAGAGGGGAAUUUGGCGAUGUGUUUUGUGCUUUUGGAAAGAGCACUGAAGCGCACGCGCACACACACACACACACACACACACACACACACACACACACACAUAUGCACACACACAUAUACACACACACACAUAUACACACAAUCAAGCACACUAUGAAGUUUGCAAUGUCCCCCUCCAGCGUUGCUAUUUGUCACAUAGCCAUUCUGAUUCCAUCUGGGAUACUGACUUCUAGAGAGCUAUCUUGAGACAGGUCUUUCUCUUUCUCUCUCUCACUCUUUUUUUCUCUCUCUCUCUUUCUCUUUCUCUCGCUGGCUCUCUUUGUCCCUCCCUGUCUGCCAUCAUCUGUUUUGUGUAUGGAUUUUCCUCCUUUUUUAUUUUCUCUGCUCCCCACCAGUCCAUAAUUGAUCUUUCGCCGCCGUGUGACGUGACGUUGAAACGAGGACACUUUCAGACGAGGACGGCGUGCUCGGCAUGCCAAAGAGCGGAGAGUGUGUGUGUGUGUGUGUGUGUGUGUGUGUGUGUGUGUGUGUGUGUGUGUGUGUGUGUG